AUGCUCGAAGAACCACUGAGUCACGGCAACAACGACUUAUCAACUCAGCAAAUCCUCAAGAAGAUGUCUGAGUCGACACCCAACACUUCCGAGCCCACGCGCAGCAGCCGUGGGCCCCAAAGUGGAACCCGCAGCAAGCUGAAGGCAUUGCGCACGGAAGUCCGAGCGAAGCGCGCCGCAAGUCAAGAGCGGAUCAACAAGGCCCUCAAUGAGUCCAAGCAACUCGAGGCCGAACUGCUGGCAAUGGUCGACGCCACGUUGUCUGAGGCCAGCAGCCGUAGUCAGUCUUCCCGCACAAAGACCGCCCGGACUGAGUCCUCCGACCACGAGAACUCAGCCGGAGCACCCAUGGAGCAGGCCCCGUCCGACCACGAGGUUGAACGGGCACCGUGCGCUGAGGAGCUCGAGCACAAGGUCGAGCCAGCUCAGAGCCGCCAGGAGACUCCGCCUCCGUCUGCUCCAGCCCCACCGACAAAGCUCGGCACCACUGUCAAGAGUGGUGCAUGCGCUACGCUCGAUGGCGCCCCCGUCGCCGAGCCUGAACCCGAGUUCAGCCACGAGAACGGGACAGAACUCGCAAGUUCACGCGUCGCGCGCUCAGAAAUGAGCUGCGACAUCAAAAAUAUAUUUCAUCAGUCGAGCAACGCGCUCGACGUGAGCAACGACACGGCCGGCGAUGCACUCAACACCAGGAGUGUUGAGCGUCACGAGCCCACGUCGGCUGUGAGCGCUCAGAGAGCUAGCACCCAGAGCUCUACUCUCGACCGCCACCACCUCGCCGACGACCUCCCUCCGGGCAUCUGUCUCAACCGCCCAAACGCGCAUCAAGAUGUGCGUCCUGUCCUAACGGGCAGGCAGGCACGAAUCCGCGACUGGCUAGCUGAACUACCGCCAGUUCAGCCAGCGGUGCGUGAAGACCCUUCGAGCGGUACAAGACCGCCCUCCCCUUCGCUCCUGGGCUCCCAUCCUUCCUCUGGCAGCCCAGUCCUCGACUUGGACCCUUUGCGUCUUGAUUCUGGCGACCCCGUAUCGACAACCCGCGGCUCUGGCAACAUGCAAUCAAGCCGCGCAACCCAGGACUUGCACCACGCGUGUGCAAGUCCAGCGCCGAGCGAUAGGACCGCCCAGAACGGAAGGAAUGAGGAGCGAGGAGGCUGCGAGGAGAAUCUGAAGGAGCAGGAGAAUGCAAAAGAGGAGGAGGAGGAAGGGUGCGGCGCAAGUAGAGAGAGCGAGCAGAAAGGCUCGGAGACCAAAGGUAUGCCCUUAUUGGACGUACCCCGCUCGCCGCCGCCCAUUCCAGUGCCCGCACCAGCAGGCAUAUCGACGAACGAGAAGCUCAUCGUGCGCCCUGCUGGUCACGAAGACAGGACCUCCGCAUUUCGGGACAACUCGCAUGUUGUACCCACUACCCUGUAUGGCAACACAGCGGAUGCGCAGAGCGGCGUGUCCGACGUGCCCAUCCUCUCGCUAGUGCCUUCGCCAGCACGCAUAUCGACAAACAACAAGGUCAUUGUAUGCGUGACUAACCGUGAAAAUGGCACGCUUGGGCUAUGGGACGACCUCCUGGUCGUACCCUCCAUUUCGCAAGGCGACACGGCGGAUGCACUGAGCUGCAUGUCCAACGUGUCCCAAUCAUGUACGAUUGCUCAUCGCAUACACAGAGGUUCGAGGAGUGAAGGCACGUCCUUGAGGGACGUACCCACAUCUCCACCUCCACUUCCAGUACCCGCGCCGACACGCGUACCGACAAACGUGGAGCUCGUCGUGCGCGCUGUUUGCCACAAAGAUGGAACAUCUGUGUUCCAGGGCGACUCAGAUGUUGCACCCUCUCCUAUGCACGGUGACCCGGCUGGUGUGCUGCACAGCAUGCCCAAGGUGUUCUGUCCUUCCUCGACGGAACGCGAGGUCAGUGGCAUCACGACGCACGAUGUGUUUGGUGUGCAAGCGAGCACAAUCCGUACGUCUCCUAUGUCUCAAUCUAUCACUAUCCCAUUGCGCGCAGCGGAUACGCCGAGUCCAUCACUUGACGUGUGCGCUACCGCCAUCUCCGCCUCGCAUGAUGGCGUAUCCGGAGAGCUUCAUGACUCUACUAGGAUACCCCCUUCGCCACCCGUAUCGACACCCUUGCGUCUGCAGCCCAGGCUGAUAGAUGGUACAUCGAGCAUCGAGAUCGUUGCGCCUGCCAGUGGCGAAUCCUCGGGGCCACGGACUACGCGUGACAAGCUGGCUAACAAGCCCAGCCGCGUCACGACGCACGACGUGUCCGGCGUGCAAACGAGCAUGACUGGCAUGUCUCCUACUCCUUAUGCAACACCCAUCCAUCGUGUAGGAAGUAUGUCGAGCUCGGGGCUCGAUGUGCUAUCUGCCGAUAAGUAUUGUAACGCGCUGUGGGGAGUGCCUCCCGCAUAG